AUGGUCCCGACGCUUCAUCCUUUGGGAAAUAUCUUACUGGCGGAACGAAUCUCCGCGAGGUCUCAGAAACUGAGUCGUGGAGAUAUCGUUGUGUUUCAAUCUCCAGAAGACCCUAACAAGACUCCGAUCAAGAGAGUGAUUGGAAUUGAAGGAGAUUGUAUAAGCUUUGUCCUUGCUCCAGGGAACAAGGAUCAAUCAAAAACCAUCGUGGUUCCUAAAGGACAUGUUUGGGUGCAAGGUGACUAUACUCAUAACUCGAGAGACUCGAGAAUGUUUGGUCCUAUACCUUACGGUCUUGUUCAAGGCAAAGUGCUUUGGAGGGUUUGGCCAUUUCAAGAUUUUGGACCACUUGGACCGACCCCAACUUGA